GAAGAAAGAUCGCGAAAAAUCUGUUCUUCGUCAUUGUUUUAGUGUAAAUAUUUUAAUUUUAAAGCCUACGUUUGUAAUCAUAAACGUAGGUAAAUUAAUGAUCGAACAUAAUGAUGGAUAGUGUUGAAAGUGGUAUUAAAAUGGAUAUUCUCAGUUUACCAGUUGUGGUAUUAGAAAAUAUAUUUUCGUAUCUUAGUUAUGACGAGAUCGCCAAGAACAGAAUAGUAUCUAAAGCCUUUAACGACAUAUGCAUGCGUCUUUUGAACCGUGGUUUCUUGAUGAUAGAGCGCCGGCAUGCUUUGGCACUGAAAGCAGUUAAGACACAGCUGCCUCGGAGGGAGUCUGAACGAAGAUAUCACCCGUUAUCCCGCCACAGUGAUAUAUUGACAUCGCUGGAGACACGUAUAUCGAUGCUCAACAUGACUUACACGAAAUUCAUUGACAAUGGUAUAUGCUGCUUCAUACCGGGCAAGGUAAUAGAUGAGAUACGUCGUGUACUAACCAUCGUGGAGACGACUAAGACUCCUCCCCGAGCCCACGAAGUACUACAAGAGUUGAGAGAUAUAUCGAGCAUGGCGAUAGAACAUUUCGAUGACAAAAUAUCACCGGCGUUCCGCAAGAAGUUACAAGAUAGCGUUGUACCACCACCGCCUAGACCUGCGCCAGGCGUAUUAGCACCGAUCGCAAUCCGUCAAGAUAUGCUUCUGAUCAGACGCCGUCUCCUUCUCAACACGAAGCUGUCACUGUAUCUAACCGCGCAACAAAAGAAGUUUCACAAGCGGAUGUUCGAAUAUAGAAAAAUCGCCUGGCGACAGCGUAAAACUAUACGUUGCCUAAUGAGAAGACAGAAAGAGCAGGACAACACUAUAGCGGAUUUGAGGAAACGCAUCGAAGAAUGUGACAUCAAGUAUUCGGAGUUGACGCAUACAAACCAAGCUGUCGGUGGAAAAGUUAUUGCAGUGCUGCCUAACAUCAAACCGCGUAAGCCUCUCAUCAAUCUGCCAAGUUUAUCCGAAGAUGACGCAGAACCACCCCCGAAAAUACCCAAAAUUGACGACCAACCCUCCACAUCUAAACCGAAACCACAGUCUACAAUCGCCAAGAUACGAGGGAUCGCUAACGAAAUAAGAACCCUAACAAACUUAAACAUAGAGGGCAAAUUGAAACGUCCGGUCCCCUUGAACCCUUUGGCAAUUUUAGAAGUAGAGGUGAAGAAGCAAAAAUUGGAUUAGUCGCGGUAAGUGAAUUUCUUCACCAUCAUGUUGUAUUAAGGCUGAUUAUCGGUUGUAAAUAAUAUUCUCUAUAAGGUGACAACAACGGUGUUAUUUGUCUGACGGUAAUUAUUUGUCAUUUGGAUUCUGACCCCUAUGUUAUAAAGUUGAAUUUGGAUUGAUCGGAACGAGGUAUGGCUUUGGAACGGCUAAUGUGUAAACUUUGAUUUGAGAAUAUAAAAAAAAAAAAUUAAGUCGCGCGUGCGCGUUGCGAUAUAUUAUUAUUAUAGAUUGUAAUGUUUAUUUACAAAACUCAAAAUGUCUUUCAUUUAUUGUAAUAAGGUUGAAAUUAGAAAACAUGUUAUAUUUUUGUGAGUCAGUUGCAAGGGAUAUCUAUUUUUAUUAAUGUAUAUAUACAUUAUUAUUACGGAAAGAAAUCAGAGAAUAUUGUUAAGAAAUAUUUUAUAAACUAAACAUAAAAGAAUUUUAAUCAUAAUAUGUUAUGAUUUUCAUAUUAUUUUGGACAGUAAUUCCUUGCAACUAACAAUGGGUAUUCAGGCAAUAAAAACAGAUGUCUAAGAAUUUAACCUUAGUAUCUAGCCUUUGUUCGAGUGAAAAAUUGGUGGUGAAACAAAUACAUUUAUUGAAUAGCGAUCGUCAAGAAAAGCGGAGGUAGUCGAAUACGAGAGAAGGGCUUAUUAUUACGUUUUGGCAAAGUGGCAUUGUGCGAGAUUGACUUUUGCUAAAAUGACUUUCUGAGAAAAUAUCUUUUUGCGAAAAUUACUUCUUCUUCGUCUUUUUUAAUUCAUGGCGUUUACACAACUCCGCCAAUGUCACGUUUGUGGUCUUUACACGUAAAUGACUUUCUGUAACUUUUUCGAGAUGUCAUUUUAAGAAUGUGACGUACUACGUCAAAACAAGUAUCAUGUAUACAACACAUUAAAAGGUUGGAAUCUCCCAUUCAACAGUACAUCAGUAUUAUUGCCAAUCGAUUUGAAACCUUAAAUUUAUUAUGUAUGUGGUUAAAUUAAAGAGCUCACUAAUGGAAUUGCUGGUUGCUUUUUCAGUACAUCUCGUCGAGAUUAUACUGCCAGUGAGGAUCUCAACCG